CACCUAGCUAUAUAUUUUUUCUGCAGACACGAAUGAAUCGGCGCCUGACGGCAGACCACAACUCUGGACUGGAAGAUUCAGAUGUAGCUGACAGUGCUAGCAAAUUCUCAUCGGAAGACAGUGAAGAAGCAUCUGGAUACUUGUAUGACAGUGACGCAUCGUAUGAUGAUGUAAGCCUUUCCUCGCGUCCAGGGGGAGAGAUGGAUCUCCUGGGAGAAAUUCUGGACUCGUUGAGCACCCACAGUUCUGACCCUGGUGGAGCCCGGCUCACAGCUGCUAAGAGUCUGGACUUUUUUCGCUCUGUUGAGGAUUUAGACUACAAAGUUAUGCCAGCGCAGUCUGAAUCAAUGAGUAUGGACGAAAAAAUCUAUACCAAAGAAGAAACCCAGUACCCCCAGCGAGGACAACUUGAGUUCACGGAGUGCAGACGCUAG